GAAGGCCGGGCCGAGCGAGCGCGUGUCCUGCAGUCUCGGGCCGCACCUCCAUCCCCAUGGCUUCGCAAGGCGUGGACCCGAGAGGGCUGGGAGAUGACGAGCUGCACUGCCUCCUCAGAGAGCUAGACGAAGUGAUCAGAGACUUCGAUAACGGCAGCAGCUGUCAGUAUGAGGAACAUCUGGAGGAGCUCAAGCAGAAGAGUGGCCUCGGCCUCGGCGUCUAUGACAGUGGGAUCGAUGAGGCUGAGAGUACCAGCCCAUCUCCAGGGAGCAGCUUAAACACCAGUGAGGAAAACAUUCACAUGCCAGCAACUUCUUCUGUUCCCAAAGCUAAGCUUGGAGACACAAAGGACCUGGAGGAUUACAUUGCUGACCUCGACAAAGAGCUGGAGGAAAUGUGAGACGCAGCCCUUGGUUGCCCGGUAGAGGUCCUCAAGAUGGAUCGCUGUAGAUGUGCCUGCCUGCAUACACCCCACAUGUUUGCUUUCUUCGUGGCCCUCCUCAGAAGGCCGGAGGGCAAAACCUCAGGGCCAGAGCAAGGGGCUUUUCCAGGGAAUGGCUGAGGCCACUGACUGGGAACCACCAAUGCAAUCAUCCCCAGCACCCGUUGCCCGAUUAUGUUAUCAAGUAAUGCUGCUGUGUCCACAGUGCGCUCGCUGCCGCUCUGCCGAGCGCUACAUCCUUUUAUCUAAUCGUGUUGAGGCCAUGUCUGUGCUGCUGGAGCCAAUCUGGCUGGUCUGGAUGAGGGAGCGCCCUCUUGCCAAGAGACUGAGUGACCCUGGCCACGUUUUCCACGUGUUGCUCCCCUUUUUUUUGGUGGGAGGAGGAGGACGCGGGAGUCUGGAUCUAGGAUUUCAUCUGUGCUUGCGACUCCCAAAUCUAGAAUUCCCUCCGAUGAUGCAGAUCCACCAUUCACUGCAUCUUCACGUCUUUGAGAGUUGCCUGGGGCACUGGAAGGUUGUGACUUGUCCAGGGUCCCACAGGUCCUCCCUGCCCCCCCCCCCUCCACAGCACGCCGCUGGCUCCCACUCGACCAAUAACCGGACCCAUAGCUUUGUGCUCCUCUGGUCCCGUCGCCUUCCGAGUCGCACACUAAGCGACGUUUGGCCGACAGGACUGCUUGACCAUGUAGCCGCUCUGGGCAUCUGUCUCCUAGAGCAUUUGAAUGCUAACUUGCUUGCUGCCAGAAGAGGGAAUAUUUGCCGCUCACUUUGUAGAAAUACCGUGCAAGCAAGAACCUCCCACCUGUGAGCCCAAACUGUUUUGUCUUAUUAUCUCAGUUCUGAAACAUGGGUCUUCCUUCCUUCCAGUAGGACUCAGUGGCUGGGCUUCCAGAGCUGCCAUGGCUAGAGACUUCCUUCCCCUGUAGUUGACCUGGUUCUGAGAGUCUCCUGACCUUAGCCCUGCUGGCCUUUUGACAGCAAGCGUCCAGAAAACCCAGGCACGGAGCCCUCAAGAACCCAGGAGCAGCACCCUGACAAAACCAGGCAACUGAGAAGGACUUUGUAAAAUAAGGUGCUAAAAGGCCUCCCUGCAGCUUCGAAAACAAGGCCUUUCCAGGCCUUGGUGUUGCUCUGGGUCUCAGCCUGUCUAGAAAUUGGGUCAAGUGAACUUAAGAAGCCCUCCCUAUCCCCACCCCCACUUUUUUCUUCCUUGCCCAUGGCCUAAGACUGACGAAGAGGUUCCUGGGGCUCUAUGAUGGGAACUCUGACCUAUGGGGAGAAGAGGAGGGUGGUGGGGGAGGAGGGGGAGAUAGAUCAUAGCCAUGGACACCAUCGACAGACAGCCCACGCUGAUGGUAGGUAACAGCUUCUGCCCUGUACACAGACAAGCCACAGUGAGCCUGAAUGCUCUGGACAUGGAUAAAUGGGAGUAGAAGCACCGUCCCCGAGCCGAGAGCUGCUGGUUAACAGCCCUUUCCUAAAAUCAGCCUUACACAUGCUUCUGCUUCUUAUCCAUCUAUGACCCUCUGGCACUGGUGUAAAUAUUGUAUAAUAGCGGUGAAUAUCGUCUACAAGUUAUCAUGUCGAUAUAUGGACUAAAAAUGAAAAGAAAUAAAUGUGUUUGUGAAGAAUGA